AUGGGCGAUUUACAUUAUGAAGAAUACGAUCCACAAGAACACUCUUGGGACGACUGGCAUGAAGAAGAAGAAGAGCAAGUCCAGUGCUUGUACUGCAAAGACGUGUUGCCAUCAACAAAAGCAGUGUUUGAACAUAUGAAAUCAGUACACGGAUUUGAUUUCCAAGAGACAAGGAAAAGACUUGAAUUGGAUUUUUAUCAAUGCAUCCGUCUGAUCAACUAUAUUCGACAACAAGUAAAAGAAAAUGCUGGUUAUACAAAUACUUCAUUUGAUAAAAAAGAGUCGUUCUUGAGUGAUGAUCAGUAUCUACAGCCUGUGCUGGAAGAUGAUCCCUUAUUAUUUGCAUUUGAUGAUGACGAAGACUUUGAGGAAGAAGAAGAAAAAGAAGAAGAAAAGGACGUGUUGGACUUGGAAAAAGUGGAGCCUACGACCGAACUUGAAAAGAAAUUACUACAAAUGUUGAUUGAAAGUCAAGAAGAAUUAAAAAAUCUUAAAGGACAGUUUGAAGAAUACAAAUCAGCUGUGAAAAGGACUUUCUAUGAUACUUUAACUGAAGACCAUUAA